CUAAAUGUAAAGUGUUGAACUACUCAUAUAACUCACCUCAUGAAGUUAGCAACUCUAAAGAAGUACAUUUCUUAAUUCCCACAUAGUUUUAAUGACAAUUAUUUUAAAAUGUGAAAAAUAUAAUAAUGCAGAAUGAAUAUUUAUGCCCAAACCUUUGUAUAUACCUAGUAUAAUAGUACACAUAUAAUUAUAAAACUCCAGCUGUUGGCUUUGAGAGCUGUAGAAACACUUCAGAUGUAAUCAGUGUGACAGAGGUUUAGCUCUGUCUUCAGCUGUAGAUGGUGCUUGGGUUGGGCAGCUUUGAGGGGGUCCUGCACAGCUCCUCCUUUAGAUCCGUGACAUUGGUCCAGUUGUCAUGGAAAUAGUUCAGACGCAUAAAUUUGACAAAGAGUCUUCAAAGGCACAAAAGCCAGGAUGAUGAACAAGGAUUAAGCUCGAUGCAUCUGAGACGCCAUAGACAAAUAUUCCUGCUUCAAAAGCAUUAAAAAGCACUUCUUUAGGGGUGUUUCACAGGCUAUAUGUCAUUUUUAUAAAUUAAGGGAAUGUUUGGUUUUCACAAGAGUAGACUUUGCGCGGUACAAAUGCGACAGAACAAUUGCAUUUAACAUUGGAGCAGCAAGUGCUUUUGCUUGGACACGCGAGAUGGCCAGAGUGCGAUGCAUUCAGCUCCUGUCAGCAUGGUUUGUUCUGUUCAGCUUAAUGACACGCCAGAGUCACUCCAUCGAGACAGUGAAUGUUGUGGACUUCUGUGGCCAGACAAUACAGGGGGACGGCAUGAUCAUAAAGUCCCACCAGGAGUCCCGGAAGUACUAUUUUGUCUCCAUUGGGACAGAUUGCCACCUCACCAUGCAGUCCGCCACCCCCCGGGACAAGGUGCAGUUCUACUUUCGCUUCUUUCUGGUCUACAGCCUGCUAAGAGUGUCCCCACACAGCCCCGCACCAAUCUUCCCAGAAUCACCCAGGGGGUCCUCCUCUUCUGGCCCGACGCGGCCUGAUCUGAGCUUGGAGCCAACCACCGGGGAGGGGCCUGAAGACCCCUGCCAUGCUGGCUCUUACAUCCAGUUCUACGACGGGAGGGAUAAGUCUGCAGCCCCUAUUGGCCAGCCACUCUGUGGGAAGAGCCCUCCCCGGCCAGUGUUGUCAACGGGCAACUUUCUAACUCUACGUCUUGUGACGCGAGGAACUCAGCCAAGGGUUGACUUUGUUGGAGACUUUACUUCAUUCAGGCUGGGUUUUAACCAAUCAGAAUGCAGCGGAGAACCUUACUUCAACUGUCGCAAUGGAAAGUGUGUUCCCGUGAGUCUGGUUUGUGCCGAUGAUAAAGGCAUUGACAACUGUGGCGAUGGCAGUGACUUAAUCGAUUACCCUGGUUGCAAUGGUCCCCUAUCUACACCCAAGCCCCCACAGCAUCAUGUUACCCAACCUACACAGACGCUGGAUGUUCCCACUCAGACAGUGUCCACUUUAAAGAACUGUGCCACUCCAAACGCCAUUCCUGAUCCAGAUUCUGUGACCGAUUCCCAGUCUUCCAUUUCUCUGCUGGUGCUGUAUGUAGUUCUGGGUGUGAUGGCAGGAGGGGUUCUCAUGUGCUGGUGCUGUUGGGCCCCUGGCUGGUUCCUGUGGCGCGUGAGUGUGUUUCGCUUCUUGCCCUGCUGCAACUCCUGCUGUGCGUCCUGCCAGCUCUGCGGACAGAGCUGCUCGCAAAACAAGGACCACCGACUGGCCAAGGUUACACCGGAAGGAGCCUCAACUCCUGUGUCUUCUGCCACAACAGUGGCUGUGUAAAUACACUCAUCUGAUAUCUCCUAUAGAUCCUUAAAAGACUCAUAAUGGAGAUGAUGAGGACAGUAUGUUAGGGAGUGGUAUAUUAGAAGUGUUCCUUUUUCAGUUUUUACAAUGAAAAAGGAGCAAGAACUGUGUUUUUCACUGAUAUAUUUUUGUUUUCAAAAAUAAUAGAAUAUAAUUCCAUGAUUUAUAACAAAAUCUGCUGUUUUUAUUUUUUUAAACUGGAUUUGUUAUAUAUAUUUCAUAGAAAUUUGAUCUGUGGAAACAUCAUGAGCUGAGAUUUCUAGUUUCUAGCUGGUUUUGUAAAAUUCCUCUCUAAUUACCUCAGUGGGUUACAGCUAACACUAGGAUAAUCCAGCUACAAAGGACUGGAAAAUAUUUUAUUAUUUAAAGUUUCCAAUAAAAUGCUCAUAAAGCUACCAAAGCUACCAGAGAGCAUUAUUAUAGCUGCAUUUUGUUGGAGUUACUGGUCACUCUCCUCCAGUUGAUAAUAUUGUGAAGUUUUUGGACCAAUCUGUUUCCUGAACAUGUGCAGUUGUGACUCUGUUUUAUCAAACUAUUGGAUUGCAUAUAACAACUGAGUAGAUUGAAGGUUAUGCCAAAAAAUUAUAAUACUCAUAAGCUUUGUUCUGAAAAGGAAUAGAUUCUUAGGAAUAGAAUACAAUUAUUUAAAGAAAUAGUUCACCCAAAAAUUUAAAUUUGCUUAAAAUGUACUCACCCUCAGACCAUCCAAGAUGUAGAUGAGUUUCUUUAUCAGUCAAAUUUGGAGAAAUUCAGUGUAA